GUCUACCCAUCGGAGAUCGAGCUAGGACGACAAGGACGAUGACACCGACCUCUGUUCCCACGUACAGUCGUAGCACUUCUCGAGGUUCUGCGACCCUCAGCGAGUCAAAUAUGAGAUCACUUGAUCAGUACGAAGCCCCUCAACGCCCUCCGUCAUCGGCUCGCAUGUCUGUGGAUGGUCUUCUUAGCACCGCGCCCUCCACAGACGUGCAGCAGGGAUCGAAGAUCCACGACGCAGGAGUCUGUUGUAAGUCACAAGCGGCCAAAAUCUUCAGGCAGAUUCAGUGACGAUUUGGCUGGAAUUUCCGAUGCAAGGUACGCACCGACUGCCUCAGAAACGGUAGAAGCCGAGGCCGCAACGAGAGAUGUCGAGGAAAGGGAUGCCAAGGCGCUUGGCAGCGGCAUCGCUACGGAGCUUUCAAUGACCGGGGAGCGUGCCCCUGCAGUCAAGAAGGCCAAGAGCUUAAUUUCUGUCAAGUCUGAUCAAGGCAGCAACGGCCACCCAGCUCAUACGCCUUCCAAUGACAGCACCUCGGACUCAAAGUCUGCAAGUACAGAGCGGCAAGCAUCGACAGCCAGGGUCGAGGACAAUGCCAUCCCUCCCUCUACCCCUUCCGCUGCCUCAUCCAGUGUGGGUAAGGUCAAGCUCCUCGAAAUGGACGAGAUGGAACGUCUCACCAGCAGAGACAGCAAGAAGAGGAAGAGCUUGAGUCUAGCUGCUCCUGUUGAACAGUCCAAGAGCAUCAAGGUGGAGAAGUCGCCAGCGUCUUCAUUGCCUGCCAAACCGUCGUUCACCAAUGUCCCGAGUGGCAUCGGUGAACUGGAACCCGACCAGAAGGUCGCAGGUGGCGAAGGAGCGCAAGAGCAUUUCGUGGACCAAGCCUCUGGGUCUCUCAACGAGCCCCUUCCGUACCGACCUAAACAUCGAGUCUCAGCUCCAGACUCGAUCCGCCGGCCUCUAUCGCAGCAAGAUCUCAUCGCGCUUCACCAGACAAUCGAAGCGCGAGGUGCGAAUACGCUGAGGCAGAAGUGGGUGGAGCAAGACAGAGCUCAGGGUCGCGACGGCGCGGAUGGCUUUGGGCUGGUCCUGCAGACCUGGGGAAAGAAGUCUGGCCUCUCAGACGCCAAGAGCGCUGCCAUCGAGGCACCCUCGACGCUCAUUCAUAGUGAGAGUGAAGUAGCACGGCAUUACAACAGCCGUCAAGAGCUCGGCUUGCAAGCGCGAAACUUUUCUCCCAUUCUACCGCUCAAGAACUUCAACAAUUGGGUCAAGUCUGUCCUGAUUGGCUCCUUUGGCCGUAGAGGUGGGAAAGCGAUGGACAUGGGCGGUGGCAAGGGCGGUGAUCUGCAGAAGUGGGACAAGCUAGGCGUCAGAGAGCUCGUCUUGGCAGACAUUGCCGCCACGAGCGUCGACCAGGCCAAAGCCCGCUACCUAGAGCGAAGAUUCCGAUGGAAGGCGUCCUUCUUCGCCCUAGACUGUUUCGGAGAAUCUCUCGCAACGACCCUGCCUCCCGAAGUCCUCGAUCCGCCCUUUGACACUGUCAGUCUACAAUUUUGCAUGCACUACGGAUGGUCUACAUUGCAGAGGGCUCGUCUGGUCAUAGAGAACGUCUCGAGGUAUCUGGACAAGGGAGGCGUCUUCAUCGGCACGAUUCCCAACGCAGAGGAACUUUACAGCCGAAGAGACAGGCUCGGACCGGAUGAGUUAGGCUUCGGCAACGGAAAGUACCGCGUUACAUUUGAGCAAAAGGAGAAGAGGAAACCGUUCGGAGAUCGCUACACUUUCUUCCUCGAUGACGCUGUUGAUGAGGUGCCCGAGUACGUGGUCGAUUGGGAUCAAUUCGAGAGUCUCGCAAAAGAGUGUGGCCUCUCCCUCAUCUUCAAGAAGCCAAUGGCGGAAGUAUGGGAGGAGUUCCGCCAUCAGCACGAGUUCGAGAACCUGGCGCGGAGGAUGAAGGUCUCUUCCAAUCCAAGGAGAGAUGUGCAGCCCAUGGACGACGAUCUUUGGGAAGCGACUACCAUCUACCUCGCCUUUGCAUUCGAGAAGAUCCGUUGAGACGGACAGUGGUCUCGCUGCUCCUCGCAUUCUCUUUGAUGCCGCGUCCUCUUCUCCUCUCGCCAGUCUCUUGCCUCCUCCCUAUCUGCUCUUCUUCUUGAUGUCAAUUCGUCUGCUCAUCGUCAAAUCCACCAGUACCUCACUGCAGAUACACAUACAGUGCACUGCAGGCUCUAGCGCAAUACCAACAGCAUAUCCAAUA